AUGUGUGACUUGUUUGAUGUGACUGAAGACCUGAACGACAUAAUGAACCAUGUGAAGCUAGAGAUUCUUGAAUCCUCAUCAUCUACAUGCAACAGAGAAUAUCAAGAAGAUCCGUUGUAUGACCUUGAAGUCAAGUUAAAACUUACAUUCUUCAGUGGAAAGUUCAUGUUUUGCGUCGGUAAACCAGGUGAAGGCAAAGCAUGAUGCCAUCAACAACCUUAGCCAUAACUCACCAUUGAUAGUGACAGACUGGGCUAUGAACCAGAACCUGGAUGCUUGAAAGUAAUAAGGACGUUAAGUGAGCUUGAAAUGCACCUUGAAAUUGGAAAUCACGAAAAUAGUCCCAUGACAGAAAGUAUUUAUGACCAGUUGAGGAGAGAUUGGGCUCAGCAUUUUGCGACAGUCAAUCCAGUAGAAGCAAAUACCUUUAAAGUCAUCAGCAAAAGAUGCCCAACUGAAGUGGCGGAAGGGACACCUUCAAAUCUGAGCCAAGGAAGGACUACUUCAAAACCACACGUGGCAACAUGUUUCACUGCUGAGGUUACCACAUAAUUGAAAGCAAAGUUUUAACUUGGUGAAAAGACUGCCUUAAAGACACAUCCCAGUCAAGUAUCCGCAGAUACGACAAAUGCCAGAGAUGAAGAUAACAACCAUCGCUUCUCUAGAGAGGAGUGGCUUUCAAAAGUCCCGAUAAAGAGUUGUUUCACUAAUUUAGCAUCCGCAAGGAGGAAAGGACAAGAGACAGAAGACGUGGAUGAAGAAAAAAUCCUAGAAGACUUAAGCCUGGUUUUCAUAAGUCAGUAAAAUCCCAAACGAUGGGGGACUUUUAGUGUUUCCUGGCUGUCCCAGAUUUUGCUGACCAAUGAAAACGCUAAAUCGUAGAUAUCCCUGAUUGUCUGGGAUGGAAGGGACAAAUCUAAACAAUCCCCUAAAUUGAUGGCUCAAGUCCCCCUUUCACAAAUAAACAUGGCGUCUCACAAAAACACAAGUGAAAGCUAUCUCGAGUCUCUUGCCCAAGAGGCAAAGAAGAGUGAUAUGGCGUUUAUGGAUAUUAUAACAGAAUUUCCCGUUAUUUACAACAGUGCCUGUGCAGAUUUUAAAGAUCGGAACAUAAAGAACAACGGCUGGCGAAAGAUUUCAGAGUAACUUGAUUUAGAAGAAUCCAAGUGUAAGCAAAGAUAGGUGCAACUCGGAAAACAGUGUGUGGAACUGACCAUAUUUCUCUCCUUUUUUCAAAUAUUAUCUGAUCCAAAACCUCUUCGCUCUUCGUUUAGUUGGCUUCUGUUUUUCAAGAAUGGAAAAACUGCAUUGACGAGUUCAAGAACACAGAUGUAUUUAGAACGACACAGUAUAAGCUUGUGUGCAUCAAUGUUGCUGUAACGCUGUUACAUUUGUGAGUAAGUUUCAAUUCUUGGUGCACUUUCCAAAUCCCACCAAAUUCAUAAUUGCGAGAAUCUUGGGACAGACUUCUGGCGCUUAUCCAAUAUAUCGGCAAAAUCUGGGAUGGUCGGCAGAAAGUAAAAUCCCCGAUCUUUUGGGAUUUUCCUAAUAUGUUUUGAAAAAGGUGAAGAGAAAACAUAAGCUUACUUUUAUGAAAGAGGAUGAUAUUUUUAAAUAAAGAUUGCUUGUCUUACAGUGCGGACACUCGAACCAUGAACACCAACACUUUUUUCCUGCUUUAUAUGUAUCAUCCAAUCACAGUUCUGGUUCAUAAUGUGACUGUUGCAUUAAUUAACUUUAUGAUCUAAUCCCGUCAAGUCAUUUCGCUCGCCAUGACAGAUAAGACGCUUACAGGGGUGUUUUUGUGGUUGAAGUCACUUUCCCCAAGUAUGAAAUUAGAAUGGCUUUUGCCUGAGUUUGAAACACGGGGAUUCCGCUCAAGAAGAUCGCUAGCUUACGUGCAAACAGAGGAUUUGGACUCAUUCUUUCCAUCUCCUACUAAGCUAUUACUGGCAGAAAGAUGUAUAUUGGAGGCCGAGCUUAAUAAGAUUAAAGCGGAAAAUAAUGGACAAUCCACAAAACGUGAGCCAAAACGACUGAAUGUUCUACCAAGUGCAAGCACUACUGAAGAACUUAUGAGAGCAACGUCCCAGUCGACUUACCUGAGGCGGCCACCAGCAGCACUGGUCCGAUCAAUCCAAUCCCACAAACAUUUCAUAGCCCUUUGGAUCGAAGAGCUAUAG